ACAACAUGGAGUCCCAGACUGUCCAGCCGGCCAUGCAAAACGGUGGACUUAUGAAGCCAGCCCCUUUGGACGAGGACAGCAAGACAAACCUCAUCGUCAACUAUCUACCACAGAACAUGGCCCAGGAUGAGAUGAAAGCACUCUUUGUCAAGUUUGGAGAGAUAGAAUCGUGCAAAUUGGUCAGAGACAAGCUCACAGGCCAAUCUCUUGGGUAUGGGUUUGUGAAUUAUCUCAAACCCGCUGAAGCCCUAAAAGCCCUCAACACUCUAAAUGGAUUGCGUCUUCAAUGUAAGACGAUUAAGGUGUCUUUUGCCCGUCCGUCUAGCCAAGCGAUCAAAGAUGCCAACCUGUACAUCAGUGGAAUUCCAAAGCACUACGGCCAGUGUGACUUGGACAAUCUCUUUAACGCAUUCGGUCGUAUCAUCUGCUCUAGACUCCUUCUCGACCACGAAUGCGGUGAGUCCGGGCGCCCUCGCGGUGUUGGAUUUGUGCGAUAUGACAGACGCUGUGAGGCCGAGAAGGCCAUCGAAGGGCUGAACGGUACCAUCCCUCACGGUGGAAAGGACCCACUGAUUGUCAAAUUUGCCAACAACCCCGGUCAGCACUACCAGAAAUGUUUGCAGCAGAUGUACCAACAAAUGCCCAUCAUCUCACCCACCCUUUCCCCUAGGCGCGUCGGAGGACCGGUGUCCGCUGGCUCCCAGAACUUCAUCGGACCAAUGCGACACAUGGCUCACUGCUUUCGGUGGCAACACAUGGGGUCAAAGAUGCAGGGCUUGAUUGGUAAACUAUUGCCAAAGAAUUUCAUGUUCAACCCUAUGACCAGUUCAGACGUGAUUUCCCAUAUGAACAUGCAAGCGAUGACCAACAAUGGACAAGGAUGGUGCAUCUUUGUGUACAACCUACCCGCUGACUGCGAGGACGGCCUACUCUGGCAGCUGUUUGGACCUUACGGAGCAGUGACCAACGUCAAGGUGGUCAGGGACCAACCAAACCAGAGAUGCAAGGGAUACGGAUUUGUGAACAUGCUCAACUACGACGAAGCCCUCAGCGCCAUCAACACGCUCAAUGGAUACCAGUUGAAUGGAAAGCGUACGCUGCAAGUAAGCUUCAAGAGCAGUAAGCAAAAAUCAUAAGAUGACCACCGUCCGAGGAUUCCACAGAGGAGAGGCGUCUGGUGUAAUUGUUUUAUGAAGCAGCCUAAAAAGAACUAGAGGCACAUUGCAAAGACACGUCAGUUUUUAUCAGAGAACAAGCUGCAAGAUAGAAUUUUUUCCCUUUUUUUUUGUUUCUUCUUUUUAAAAAUCCUGUCAUUGGAUGUAUGUGAUGAGACGGCGGGUCGAGUCGAGUUGUAAACUCUGAUUUCACUGAUAUGAAUUGCUUUUAUGUACCAGUAUUUGAUGAUAGAUUUCUUGACAAUCUCGAAGGAGAUUGCAAUGUUUCAAAUUAUUGACAUAGUUUGCAUCAGUUGUUUCUAGAUUAGCUACCAUCUAGACCAUUUAUUGAUGUUUUAUUCUUUUAAAUCAUUAUUGGUGUUUGCAUGUUUUUUAAACACAUCAAAUUGUUGCGUUUAUUAUCACAAGAAAGUAGAAUUUAUAGCUUGUUAGCAAGUCUAUUUAAAGACAUAUUCAAAAUUUGAUAUUAUUACACUUUUGAUUUAAGAUAUAAAGAAUGAAUUAUUAUUCAUUUGUAGUGUAAGUUGGUUUUAAGUGCAAGGUGAAAUAUUUUCAACCUUGAGAAUUUUAACAUUGAUUUAAAUUUCUUUGUGAAUUUUGUGAAUUUUGUUGCAUAUGUAUUGUUUUCUUUUUUCUUUCUCUCAGAAAAUCAUUCCAUUAUAUGAAAUUAGCAGAGGCAGGGUAUGCCACAAUAUGCUUCAAUUAUUGAAUAGAAAAUAUUAUGUCUAUUAAUAUAUUGACAUUAAAUUUUGUGCAAUGAUAGACAUUGCAAGAAAAAAAACUUAUUGAUUGUAGAAUAAUGAAGAGUGAUCGAGAAAGUCGGAUUGUAUAGAGAUAUAACAUUUUGCUAUAUAAUAGCCAAAUGAGCUGAGGAAAUUUCAUAGAUUCUUAUCGUGCUGACAGAAAAAAUACAUCUCUUCCUUUUCUUCCUUCACAACUAGAUUCAAAGAAUUUUUCAAAAUUGACAAUAUUCAAUUGAGCUUUCAAUUGUUGAUCUGGUAUGGACACUUCACUAAUUUGUAUAUUUAUGGUCCCAGCAAAAUCGAAAUUGUGAAUGUAAAUAGAAUAUAAUCCAACUUGACAGUUGUGUGUGACUAUUGUGGACUUAAUAGUAAAUGUUCAUUGGCAUACGUUUCAAAAGACAAAAACUUUUUGUUAUGAGUGGGGGUGACAUUUUGAAUUUUUAGUUUUCUUAAUUUGGAAUAUUUUCUUUUCACAAUCUAAAUGAAUUUGGCUAGCAGGAAAAAAAAAUGUUGAACAAAAACCAAAAAGGCUGAUUUUGGAUGUAUUUCAUUAAUUUUGACAUUUGUGUUUGAUAUGUUUUGUGAUGUUUGUGGUUCCACAAGCAGUGUUUAGAAGUUUACUGUUGCAAUAUGUAGUAAACAGGUGCUACAACAAGUUACUGGUAGUACAUCUUUUUGUUUUAAUUUAAAGAAAUAAAUGCAAAUCUGUGGUGCAGUAUCUUUCAAUGUUGCUUUCUUCAAAAAACGGCAAAAGAAAUAUGUACAUUGUUGUAAGCAAGUUAGAAUACAAAAAAAGUUACUUUUAGAAAAGCUAGUAUUUGUAGCACCUAGAGAGGUUAUUCUUUGUUAAGCAGAAUGCUGAAAAGGGGAGAUUGUUUUAUGCAAAGAAAGUGCACAUUAUUUCAAAUUUCGUGUCUACAUUUGUUUUUUUGAAUUCCAGUUAAAUACACACCAGUUUUUUGAAAUAAAGAAAAACCAUUAUGUUGGAUUUCAUAACAAGCAGCAGUUGAAGAAGUAAAGUUGUGUAAAAGUAUAUGUGAUCAAUUCAUAUUCCGAAAUGCCUGCAGAAUUGUAUAAGAGUGUUUUGUCUAAUAUCCACUUUCCAAAGGUGCAUUUUUUAUAAGGCUUACUAUAAAAAACAGAUGACUGGCGAGUUCUUUUGACCGCCGCUGUGGUUUGUAAACGUGUACAAUACAAUUAGGAAAACUGUUUGACUAGUGUCCGUCUUGCCGGGUUUUUAAAAGAUGCAAGACUUUUGUUGUUCAGUUCAUUUCUACAUUAUCCCACUAUGCAACAUACAUGGCACAUACCUGCUGCUUCUAUUCAAUGAAGUCUCCCCAAAUUUUUCUUCUUCUUGGAGGUCACUUUCUAUUGACCAUCAGAGACCAAUGCCUUGACAUUUCAUUGUACAGAAAAAAAUAGACAAAGAUGUAUGAAAUCUUGUAUAAAUAACUUAGAAAACCAUCUAUUGAACAAUUUUUCUAAGAAAAUUAAUAAGAGACCGAGAAGGUACUUAAACUAAGAAAACCUAUUCCCUGAAAUGCAGCUUUUUGGAGAGCUUUUGAUCUACUAAAUAUUUGUAUGUGAAGUAUUUUGUACAAAAGAUUUGUACAUAAGAUAUUAAAGAAGAAGAUAAACAUUGGUUUCUACUACUUUUACCGCUAAAUUCAAAGUUAGAGUAGAUUUAACGAAGGAAAUAAUUCCAGUUUGAUCCAAUGUAGUCGUUCAGGGGAAAGCAUGUUUGUAUAGCUUCCAUUACAUCGAAGGUUAAACCUUCUUUAUAGAUCUCUUAAAACUCCCCUGAAUAUUUUAAGUUUAACAUUUUUAAAGUUAUUUCAAAGAAAGGUUGCACUAGGUCAAAUAGAAUGGCACAGAAAUAGAUGCCAUCUGACACAAAUUUUCCUUGUUUUUUUUAUUAAUUCUUUCAUUAAACCUUUGUAACUUAAAAGUGGAAAGAUUUUAAUACCACAUAGGCACUGCAACCUUUUUUUAAUUGAGUUUAAUUAUUGGCUCUGAAAAAGCCUGCUGUAUCACAAAAGGUGUGUUUUAGCUGGAGCAGUCGGGCAGAAUUUUGCAAAAAAAGAAAGUCCACAAAGCUUGAGGACAAUCGAAGGAUGGGAUAUCUGCAAAAAAAAAUCAAAAAAGAAAAAAAGUAACAAGAUCAGAAGAGCGAAUUUUUUCAUUUCUUGGUUUUCUUUCUAGAAAGAUUUUUGGUUGAGUAUGGUAUGUUGAGAGUUUGCAACAAUGAGUACAUGUUUGUCUGAAAGACAUCAAAAGGUUUUGAUAAAAAGAGAAAAGGAAAAGUAACUUAUAUAACGCUACAUUCAUCGCUUGUUUGUGUAGCUAAAAUUUUACAUGUUGAAUAUUAAAAUAAACAUUAAAAAAUAAA